GCUAAAGUUGCCAUCUACACUUGUAAUUCAUACAUUGGUUAGUCUCUCUCUUUCUCUCUAUAUUAUAGUGUUGUUGUGAAUCUCUGUUUCUUGAUUUGGAACCGACAUGGCUCCCAACACUUGGGCUUUUCUCUGCCUCUUCCCAGGAAUCUGAAGCGCUCUCUCUCUCUCUCUCUCUCUCUCUCUCUCUCACUCCAACCCGAACAAAUCUUUCAUCUUAUCAACAUCAAACAGUAACUUGGAUUUUGAAGAUGGCUAUGCAAACUGGUCCACAGAUCUCUUGGUGGAAUGCUUUUGGAUCUCAGCCGUUGCCUCCGCUGAGUCUUGCCGGAGAUUCUGACUCGCUCGGAUCUGCCGUGGAGACAGAACAUGGUGUGGAUAAACAGAGCAACUCUGCAACUCACUUAGCUUUCUCACUUGGUGAUGUAAAGAGUUCAAGAGUUGUGCCUAAGCCUCAUGGAGCUGCUUUCUCAAUGCAACCACCUUGCUUGGAACUUGGAUUUACUCAACAACAGAUAUAUCCUUGUGUGGAACGAGAAUACUAUGGAGUUGUUUCAGCCUAUGGAACUCAGAGCAGAGUGAUGCUUCCUCUAAACAUGGAAACAGAAGAUGGAACCAUCUUUGUGAACUCAAAGCAAUACCAUGCAAUCAUCAGACGUCGCCAGUCACGUGCAAAGACUGCUGCUGUUCUUGACAGGAACAAACAAAGUAGCAGAGGCCGUAAGCCAUAUAUGCAUCACUCUCGUCACCUCCAUGCACUGCGCCGUCCUAGAGGAUCUGGUGGAAGAUUCUUGAAAACUAAAAGUGGAACCAGUGCAAAGAAAGCUGAUGGAACUAAGCAGCCUCAGACUCAGAGUCAGGCUGUGUCUCAGCAAAGUAACUCUCAGAACUCGGAAGUUCUUCAUCCGGAAAGUAGGACCAUGAAUUUAACGACCGGACUCAAUGUGUCUGGAUCAGAAGUCACAAGCAUGAACUACUUUCUAAGUUCUCCGGUCCAUUCUCUUGGUGGCAUGCUGACGCCUAGCAAGUGGACUGCAUCAGAAGCAGCAGUUUAUAAUGGCUGCUGUUAUUUCAAAACCUGAUCUUUUACCAUUGUUUCUCAGUCAAACGGAGAGAGAGAGAAAACUCUUUGUCUUGAAAAAGGACAAUGAGUUUUUUUCUUAUUCUUGCAUUUGACUGUGAACAGGCAAAUCAUCUUUGGCUCAUUCUCUAUCACGGCUUUCUGAGUUCACCGUCAGGUGAAGGAAACCUUGAUGUUAUCUUAGUGAAAAACUAGUUACAACUGUGUGAAGAACAAUGAUGGGACUAUAAACCCACUUGUUCCAACUUUUAUCGUUUGAUGUUCUGAUGUUCUCUUUCCUCCUCUAUCCUUGCAUGUGUGUGUGUGUGUGUUUAUGUAUGUUUCUGAAACAAUUGUAAGAACUUGUAGUUGUGUGGCUUAUGUAACAUAUUUCAGUCCUGCUUUUCUAUA